GUCUGCGGCCCUUGGCUGCACAUGCCAAUGGCCGCUCAUCCUCCUCGCCCCGCCCACAGCACAAAGCACCUCGCCCUUCUUCGCUACCCUUUUCGCGACCUCGUCUUCCACCUCGCACAGCGCGACGAUGGCCUCACAAACGGCACCGCCCUCUGGCUCGGCGCGCAGUGUCUCUCCUUGUACUUAGCCGAUGCGCUCAGACUCAAGGCGCCUCCCGCGCGGCGUCUUCGAGCCAUCGAACUCGGGAGUGGUAUUGGGCUGUCGGCACUCGCCUUGUGUUCCAUGGGCUGGGACGUGCUCGCAACAGAUCUGCCCGAUGUCAUUUCCGCCGUGCUCACAAGCAACGUCGUGCGUAACGCAUCGCAACUGCCUGGGGGCAGCGGCACCAUCCAAGUCCGUGCCCUCGACUGGACGGUGCCCGCAGAUCAAUGGGUAUGGGGUAACGGCACGUUCAUAGGGUUGCCAGGUGGCCCAGGAACAGAACGUACAGAACUCGUCGAGACACUCGGGCCACCGUUCGACUUGAUCAUCUCCUCGGACACGUUGUACGCCGCAGAGAUUGUACACCCGCUCUUUAGAACACUGCAUGCCCUGAUUACGCUCUCAGCGGGGCAUGGUUGCCGUUCGCCACCGGUAUAUCUUGCCAUAGAGCGCCGCGACCCGUCCCUUAUCGACCUUGCACUCGCGGAUGCCGUAAAACUGUGGGGUUUCGCCGCGGAGCGAGUGCCACACAAGAAAGUAGUCAAGGCAUUGGACAAAGGCGGCGUGAAAUGGGACAAGGAAGAUUGGGAGGGCGUAGAAAUUUGGAGGUUCACACAGAAAACAAGCAGCUCACCUGUAUCCGCAAAUGUUUAGCUAGUCGUGUUUUCGUGUGUGCAGGUGCGGGGAAACAACAUCGAUCUUUACAAUGUAAG